ACACGACACAAACCGCCUUUGCCCCCGUUCCCAUUCUUCCACGUUGGGCCGUCCACAAGUGCUUGUCACACAAUCCUCCUGUCCAACCACUUUCGGCCGCGUUGUACUCCUGCUGUGUAGCCUGUGCAUCUGGGCCACUUUCUCGUCUCCUCGACAUCCUCUCCUCCGUUCUACCUGCUGCCGUCGCUCUGUGUGCGCCGUGUUCAUCCGCGCCCGCAUCCGUUCCACUUGGCCACCUUUCUUCUGCAUGCUACAUGAGGGAACCCUGCCGAUGUAGUCCCUUGAACCGACGUGCCCGCUCGGCUUGCCUGGAAAGCUUUUUACGGUGGGAAUUAAACCUCAGGCUAGUCUAGUCUUCAUCACCAUGACGGACCCAUUAAGCCGUGAUACCUCGCCGCUGACGUCCGCCGCUCACCUCUCCGGCACCUCUCACGGCUCUGGGACCGCUCCCGCGCGGACGUCACACUCAGCGAAUUGCACAGACCAAACUGCAAACAACGUCACCUCGUCCACCACCUCUCGAUGGACAAACGAGCGUACGACGACGCAAGCUCACCACUCCUCGUCCCGUGUCGCACCCAAUUCGAGAGCCUCAGGAAACGCCACCGGUGCUGUUAGCAACGGAUCCUCCCUCUCCCUGUCCGCCUCACGCUCCCCGUCCACGGCCGCCUCGCCGCAUUCGUCGCGCGACUCCUCUCCCGCCGGUCGUGUGUUCAGACAGCAGAGCUUGUCUGGUGCGACGGUGCAGAACGGCAUGCGUAGUCGGAAGAACAGUCACGACGCCAGCCCUCAUAGACCGCCAAGCGUGACCGGCCAUACGUCAAGCGUCCCUUCUGCUGCCGCCAUCCAGCGUGCCCUGUCGGCUGCGACUGCUCCUCAGCUGCAGCCCACUCCCGCCGCAGAGCCUGUCUCCAGAGUGCCCAGGCCGAGCAAAGGGACGACCAACAACUGCGCGGCCGGCGAAGGCAACACGACCUCGUGGCCCAUCAGCCCCCGAUUGAAGUCGCCACCGCCCUCGGGCAGCAGGAGGAACUCAUUGAAAAAUCAAAAGAACCCAGAUGCUGUCCCACCCCACAUCAUUGUUCAGAACGCUACUCCGACGUCAUCUACCGAUGCCCUCCCGCUAAUUGACACCGAGAUCACACAGCAGCCCGAGUCAACAAGACAACUUGCUCCGCUUGGAAAGUCGUCCAGCAGAGGUGCUAGUGGUGCACCGACUCUGGAGACGGUGCAAGAGACCAGCGGGCCCAACACGCCGGGCAACGAGCUCAAUACAUUGUCAGUUAACGACGCCAACCAGAGAUUCUUCGACGGACCAGACGAAGAUCUUAAACCGGCAUCAGGCUCGACGACACCACGCCGGUCGAUGGCCGCCGCAGCGAGCAAAAUGCAUGCACAGAAUUCGGACAGCGAUACUUCCAAGAAGGGUGAGGGCAAGAAGGAGCACGACAACGACCCCGAAAAGACCCCGCGCCCAAAGGCACCGUCAUCGCGAACAUCGUUCAGCAGUCUACGCCAAAAGACCGGCACCGAGCCCGUGACCCGAAGCAUGACCGUGGAGACAGAGAUUGUCAAUUCGGUCGCACAAAACGCCAUCGGCGCUCCAUCGGACCGUUCCUCAUCCAGGGCCGAGCGUGGUGGCCCAUUGCGCCCCAAAGCAAGUUCGGACACGAUAAAGCCAAAUAAAACCAAGAAAAAGACAUCCCGAAAGACGCCGUCGGUGAACCCAACAGCUGGUAUGUAUGAUCAACAUUUCUUUUCACCCCCUGAUUCAGUCAUUCUCCCCCUCAGCUCGCCAAAGAGGCGACGACGACGACCCAAGCAGCCUCAUCUUCCCAGCCGCGCAAAUCCAACACAGGUGUUACGUGCGCAGCCUUCCCUUUCAGAUAUGUUUUCUUCCUAUGUAAGCUUGGAUACAAACGCUCUUUCUUGCGCGCAAUCGGACUCCGAUAGCACCGUAGUGUCGGAGCAACCAAGCACUUUUCAACUUUUGCGUCAGCGCUCUUCGCAAUGGCUCGCUGCUAUUUACGCUACGACAACGACACCAGCAAAGACUGACUCGCGAUCUCGCAAAGGCACGACGCGCGCCGACAUAUUCGAAGACCGCGUCAAGAAUGAAAUGGACGAAGCCACGUCGGACGAUUCGGAAGAAACAUUUGUAUACGAGUCCAACCCAGCAGAGCCGCCGAUCAGACGCAGCCGACAUCACUCGCGUACACCAAGCGGCGCGUCCCUGACGUCGAUGGGAGCCCCAAGGGAUGCGCGACAGAACCAGGGCUUGCUUAGCACUCAAAAAACACGGAGCAUGAAGUUUGCAAACGCGUACAACUCUGCGGAUGACGACGCUGUGGAUAGACCGGAUGGCACCGUAAGAGCGGGCACUGGACGAGGUGGAGGAAGCAUAGUCAAGCAUCAUCACACAGGUCGCCCCAGCCGGAGCACGACAGGCCAUCCGUCGAUAUUGGACGAUGAUUCUCCGUUUCCACAGCUGAACAAGGUUCGAUCCUUGACCGGUUUGCCCGGACGACAAACGCAAAAUGCCAGGAUAGCGGCUAGAAAUCUGCAAGCCAGCAAUGGGCACGCCAAUGGUAACGGCAACGGAAAUGCGAGGAAAGACAGUGGCUUCAUGUCCUCGUACGAUCUCGAUGCCGAAGGCGGCGAUGACGAACGAACUCCUCUCAUCAGCAGCAUGGGAACGAUGCGCACUACACGCAGCGCUCGUCGACCUCCUACUCGAGGGUCUCGUGGGGAGAGAUACACGAGGAGAAGACAGGGCAUUCUUUCACGCUUUGCUGGGUGUAUCGCCAUCAUUGCGAUGCUCUUUUUGCUUGUGUUCGGCAUCGUCGGUUUCCUGUUCGUCAUCACAACGCCGCUGACGCAUGUCGAACUAUACGAGAUACAGUCCGUGCUUGCAAGCGAGACGGAGAUCAUGUUCGACCUGAAGAUCGGGGCGAUCAACCCGAAUAUGCUACCUAUUACCGUCUCCGAUGUGGACUUGAAUGUAUUCGCAAAAAGCAAGUAUGUCGGCACGGAGAAAUGGUGGAGGGAGCACCCGGGCGGUGACUGGGCGGACGAGCCGUUACCACCGAGGAAACUGGCCCCCACGGAUACGGCUGAAGAAGGAAAGUUAAGUUCUCCCGCCCUGGAUGCUCAGGAAAACUUCUUGCCCUCGAUACCGGGCAGCUUCCCUGACGACUCGGAUGGCUCCGAUUCCAAGCAGACCAUGCUUCUGGGUCGCAUCUACCACUUUGACAGUACGAUUACUUUCGAACCCAGCUUCUGGAAGCGGCAUGUACAUAACGCUACCGGUGCCCUGCGUCUGCGCAAUCCCGGAAACCACACCGAGUUGGGAGGGUCCGAACGGUGGGAAAGGGUACUUCUGCACGAGUUUGAACUGAUUGUCCGUGGUACGCUGAAAUAUUCCAUACCGCUGGGUGGCAAAGCUUAUGCUGCAAACGUUGGAAACAGGGUCGUAGUCGAUCCGCAGAAGGAUGACGGUCCUGGUCCCGGCGAAGGGAGUGAUCCAGAGGACGACGAUGAUAGAGAAGAAAUGCACGAAGACCCCAAUUCCAUUGGGAUCUCUCGAAUAUCAAACGGGUGGAAAAUCACGGUCCAUCCUCUCGAAGACGAACUAUCGACGCACGAACGCCUAAAGAGGAGGGUUUGGGCUCGAUUGCUGAGACAAUUAUAAUCCUCGCCAGUCUUGUUAUUUUCCUAUGUUUUAAGAACCACCAACUUUUUUUUUUACGACCUAUAGACAGUUUCAUCACGCUCCACAGCGCACGAAGCAUUUCCCGGCAGGUUGGGGCUUGACCGCUACCACGCGAACACUUGCCGCUUUACCACUGACGACGGACGAAUUUCCUUGUGUAAAUUUCUUGAACAUUCCAACUGUUUGGGGGAAAAUCGAGAAAAAAAUAUGGCUAUACCCGGUCCUGCCUACGCAUCAGGCAGUUGAUCACCUUACUCAGGCGAGAGAAAGCGAAGCUUGUCACUAUUACAUUGUUCUUUUUUUCUAAUCACCUGGCAUUUUUCAAACAGCGCAGAGCACCUAUGUAGCCUUGUGGAAAUGCAGAGGCAUCAUCCCCUUUUUUUUUAGCUUGCAAUUGUUCGUAGCGUUCGAGCGAGAAUUUGUAAUAUUUUUAUUUUCUUUCAAAAAAAUUUUUUUUGGUGAUGUUGGCCAUGUUCCCCGAGUGAAGGAGAGUGGCAAGAGAAAGAUUUGCAGCUAUGCAAGUGUGAACGGAGCGUGACAAAACAUGUCAGCUGGGAGAAAGACAGUGUAGAGGGGAGUUUGACGGAGGGUAUGACAACUCUUGUCUAGUGGCAGGCUGCGCGCCUACGUUCCACUAGUGUUUGUAUCAAGCAAUCGAAAAGCCAUUUGGGUCCGCUAGCUUUCUCG